GUUGUUGUCAUUGAAUAUGUAUAUACAUACGCAUACCUACUCCACAUAUGGAGAUUGGAGAUCAAAAAUAAAUUUCUAUUUUGGCUCAUAAACAUGAGAGGAACCUACCAGAUCUUACCAGAAGGUUCUUCAACAGUAGUAUAAAAGAGUCGCCCGAGAAACUUUCUGCAUCAAGUUUAAUAAUUGUUACAAAAACUACAAAAAUGGGAGUUCAUAACGACGAAGCAGAAAUUUUCAAGAAUAAGGGUAACGAGGCAUUCAAAGUGGAUAAUUUCGUCGAGGCUAUCAGUUUAUACACAAAGGCAAUUAACCUCGCUGAAAAAGACAGUAGAGAUUUGGCUACGUACUUAAAAAACCGCGCAGCUGCAUACCUGAAAACUAAAGAUUACGAUAAGGUUAUAAGUGAUUGUGAUGAAGCUCUGAAAAUAAUUCCUGAAGACCCCAAGGCACUAUUUCGUCGGGCACAAGCGUUGGAAAACCUACAGCGUUAUGAAGAAGCUUACAGGGACGCCAAAACAAUAUUUACAGUUGAACCUACAAACAAGGCGGUGCAACCUAUGCUCUCGCGAUUGCACGCAAUCGUCCAAGAACGAGCGAGGCAGAGUGCGCAGACCAGCAGCAAAGUCGAACAGAUGUUCAAGCUUGCUUUUGAGCUUGGUGAAGAUAAGGAGAAACGAGAAAAAGCAAUGGCAAAUUUAUUAGUUCUGGCCAAGGAGAAUAGUGGUGCUGAAAUUAUGAUUAAAAAUGGAGUCGUCCAAAAAAUACAACAGUUACUAAAGAUAGAAAAGAAUCUUGAUAUUUAUUGCAAUGCAGUAAGGGUUAUCAGUCAGCUGUGCAAGAGGAAUACAGAGAGGACUAGGAGUAUCAUUAAAAUUGUUGGCAUUCCUUGGUUUCUUGAAAUCAUAGACAGUAGCCAUGAAGAAAGGGUGAAUGCAGCUCAGUAUUGUCUUCAGAUUAUAUUAAAUGCAUUUUCAGGAAUGGACACCAAAAAAGAGACAAAACCUGAUCCUAAGCUAUGUGAGGAAAACAAAAGUGAAAUUGAUGUUCUUCUAACUUGCUUGACCUACUCCAUCACUAAUGCAGUCAUCACCGGACUAGCUAGAGAUGCUAUAAUGGAGUUGAUUAUGAGGAACUGCCACUACAAUGCUAUCAAUUGGGCUGAACGCUUUGUAGAGAUAAAAGGGUUGCAGCGGUUAUUGGAAGUAUGCAGUGAACUGGAAGAAUACAAGUAUGAGUCUGCCAUGAACAUUACUGCUUCUUCAAGGACUAUUGCUGCAGCAUGUCUUGCCAGAAUUUAUGAGAAUAUGUAUUAUGAUCAAGCUAGGGAACGCUUCAAUAAUCAGGUGGAUGACUUUGUAAAAGAUAAAUUGAUGUCUCCUGAUCUGGAGUCGAAGGUCAGAGUGACAGUAGCAAUUACUUCGUUACUACGUGGACCUUUGGAUGUUGGAAAUUAUGUUAUAUCUAAAGAAGGCAUUUUGGAGAUGAUCUUAGUGAUGGCUCAGACAGAUGACCCUCUACAACAGAAAGUGGCCUGUGAAUGUAUUAUUGCUGCUGCAUCUAAGAAAGAUAAAGCAAGAUCAAUCAUCAAUAAAGGUGUGGAUAUUUUGAAAAAGUUAUAUCAGUGUAAAAAUGAUGCCGUCAGAGUGAGAGCGCUUGUUGGACUUUGUAAAAUUGGAAGUUUUGGUGGAGAUGAUGCUUCUAUCCGGCCAUUUGCUGAUGGUUCCACUAAGAAAUUGGCAGAAGCAUGUAGAAAGUUUUUGGUGAAUCCAGCCAAAGACAACGAUACAAGGAAAUGGGCUGCUGAAGGUCUGUCUUACCUCACACUUGAUGCAGAUGUGAAGGAGGCAUUGGUUGAUGACAGAGCAGCUAUUCAAGCACUUAUUGAACUAGCUAGAUCAGGAGAUCAGUCAUCUCUUUAUGGUGUUGUAACUACACUUGUCAAUUUAUGCAAUGCUUAUGAAAAACAAGAAGUCUUGCCUGAAAUGUUGGAAUUAGCCAAAUUUGCUAAACAUCACAUUCCUGAGCAGCAUGAACUGGAUGACCAGGACUUUGUCAACAAGAGAUUAACAGUUCUUGCUAAAGCUGGAGUCACAUCAGGUUUAGUUGCACUCUCAAAAACUGAAAGUCACAAUUCCAGAGAACUUAUUGCCAGAGUUUUCAAUGCAAUCUGUAGUUUGCAAGAAUUGAGAGGUAUAGUUGUUCAACAAGGAGGUGCUAAAGUGCUGAUUCCCAUGGCAUUAGAAGGUACUGACAAGGGAAAGAAACAAGCUGCUCAAGCAUUGGCUAGAAUUGGCAUCACAAUUAAUCCAGAAGUAGCAUUUCCUGGACAAAGAAAUCUAGAAGUUGUCAGGCCAUUGAUAGCACUUCUACAUCCAGAAUGCAGUGCUUUGGAGAACUUUGAAGCUCUAAUGGCUCUCUGCAACUUGGCUGGGAUGAAUGAGACAACAAGGAAAAGGAUACUCAAAGAAGGUGGACUGUCCAAAAUUGAGCACUACUUGUAUGAAGACCAUACAAUGUUAAUAAGAGCAGCAACACAGUGUAUAUGUAAUUUGGUGCAGUCUGAAGAUGUGAUAAAAACCUAUGAGGGCAACAAUGAUAAAACCAAAUAUUUAUACAUCCUUUGUCAAGAGGAGGAUGUUGAUACAGUGAAAGCUGCAGCUGGAGCUCUGUGUGUAUUAACAUCAGUCAGCAAAGUAUGCUGCAGGAAGCUUAUGGAUGUUCAGCCUUGGUUAGAAACCCUGAGGUGCUUACUUGCCAACCCGGACAAGGAGAUUCAGUAUAGAGGAGCCUACAUGCUGUAUAAUAUUAUCAGAGGUGAUAAAGACAUUGCCUUUAAAAUAUUUGAAACUGAUGUGAUGGAGAUAUUGAUGGCACUGACCAAAAUUGAAGAACCAGAUCAGGCUAAAACAAAAGAAUUAGCCCAAAAGUGUUUAAGUGCUGCAGAGAAAAUGGGAGUUAUAAGGAAACCUGAUGGAAAUGCCAUGGUAGAUCCCUUUGCUGAAGUCCCUAAUGAAGAAGAUGAAGAUUAAUCUGUUAUGUUUAUUUUGCCCAUACUAUGUAUUUAUUAAUGAUAAUAUGAAUGUACUUAAAUGUUCAUUUUUUUGGUAUAGUUUAUAUAAAAUUUUAUUUAUGAUAUAUCUAUAAAAAUAUUGUAUGAUAAGAAUUUUGUAAACAGAAUUUGGAAAACAUGUAAAUUCUUAAAACUAUUCAGCUAUUUUUGUUAACACCUCAAUUUGCUAUCUGCUUACAGUAGUAGGCACGUAGUAAAAAGUUGACCUAAGCGCAGUUAACGCGCCUUUAUUUAAAAUUAAAUUGAUCAAAGAUAAUUAAGUACAUACCUUCUCUAAGGAUGGAGCGCAGGUAUCAAUUGAGGAUAAGUACCUAUACUAAGUGAUUGAUCAGCGCUUUUUUAAAUUUUAUUGUACAAAAAAUAUAUUUCCUUCAAUAGCUGAAGUUAUGGUUAUGGUUAAUUAAUACAUAAUUUUUUUUCAUCAAAAUUGGUUUAGCUAUUAGACCUUAAAGUUGAAACCAUGUUAACAUUAGUAG